CUUAAAGAGUCAUAUUCCUCCAAAGGACGGUCGUAAAUGCUGUGUUCCUCCUGCAUGUCGCCAUUGAUUUGCGUGGGGACACUCAGAUACAAGUUCCUGCUUUCGCCGUGUCACAAAGGAACAACUGGAGAAGGAGAUUCGUGCUGCAUUAACUGGAGCGUGAGGGCGACCACGCGCGCCUCAGAUAUGGCGGCUGGAAUCCAUCCAGUUGUCAGCGUAUACGAUUUCUCGGUUAUGGCUUCCAAUGCUAUUUCAGUAAGGGAAAACCACAUAUUCUAUGCGAAGAAGGGAAAAGAGGAAGAUGAUCAAGGAAAAGAAUGCAAAGAGGGAGGAAUCGAGGCAAAAGAAGACACACUCAUAUCAGCUGCCUUUCCUCCUUGAGCGGAUGCAGGUGUCUGCUCUCCUUUCUCUUUUGGUACUUCUACAACGUAAGUAAGCAUCUGCCCUCGAAGGAAGCCACCGCAUAAAAGGAACUGUUUCAACAGACGGAGACGGAGAGGGAGAGAUA